AUGACAAUUAAUCAUAUCAACUACUUCAACAACAAUAAUAAUAACAACAACAACAACAAUAACAAUAACGAUCAAGAUAGUUCAAUUCUUUUGAAUAGAAUUCAUCAACUUGAAAGUCAAUUGAGUGCCAUUCAAAUUAACAAUGAACAACAACAACAACAACAACAACUACCAACAAACUCGAUUGAGAAGAGAUCAUCGUUGGUCUCCAAGGAAGAAAGAACCAAGAUUAGAAACCAAAGAAAACAAUUAAAGUUGGACUCUAAGCAAUCUAGAAAGUUAAAGGGUCUUGGUCAAAAGGAGGAAAGGGUAUUGGCCAAAUUUGAAAGAAAGAAUGACCAAUUGAUCACCAAAUCAAUCUCUAAUCAAUGCAAGAGAUUAAACAAGCAAGAUAGAGUCAAGGUCAGAGGUCAAAGAAAACAAACUAAUUUGGAUACCAAGAAGUGUAGAAAAUUGAAUGGUCUUGGCCAAAAGGAGGAAAAGGUAUUGGCCAAGUUUGAAAGAAAGAAUAACAAACUUAUCGUAUCUACUAUUACCGAGCCAUCUGUAUCUGAACAAGAACUAGAACUAGAACAACCAGUCAUCAAGAGAGUUAAAUUGGAUCACAGAGACAACCAUGAAACUUUGGAGGUGAUUACUGAACAAGAAGAACCAAGUAUUGAAAAGAAGAAGGAGAAGAAGAAGGAUAGAUUGACCAAAGAGGAAAGAAUCAAGAUCAAAGAACAAAGAAAACAAGAAAAGUUGGAAACCAAACAAUCCAAACAAUUGGCACGUCUUGAACAAAAGGAAGAUAGAAAAUUGGCAAAGUUUGAAAGAAAGAAUAACAAUAGACUUUAUCCAGUAUCCGAUGAUGUUGUUGUUGUUGUUACCAAACCACCAGUCAGUCAAGAACAAAAGACACUCAAAUUGAAUCUAAACUAUUCAAGAUACGUUGAAAAGGUCAACAAGAAGAACAACACCAAGCAAACCGCCGAGUCAAUCAAUGCAUCCCCAAUCUUAUCAUUUGACGAUUGGAAGAAUUCCAGAAACACCAAUUGUUCAACCAAACCAACCACUCCACCAACUGAUGCCUAA